AUGCUUUACACUCAUUUGAAAAAAACGCCCCUUCUUCUCAUCUUCAUGCAGAUUAUGCUGAUUUCAACCGUCUUUAGUAUUCGCUUUGGUGAUACAGUGAAAUAUGUUUGUGGGACGAAGAAUUAUUCAAGAUCCAGAAUAGACAGAUUAGUCAAGAAAUUCUCGACUGAGUUAAAGAACGCGGCACCAGCCACCAAGGAAAAAAUGAUAUAUAAAGGAAAUUAUAUUGGCAUCAUGUCUGCAAAAGAUGGUCCUUACUACCAGAAGCCGAUCCGAGAGCUCAGAUCUAGUUUCAAACUCAAAUCACCUUUUAAAUCAUUUAUCAUUCUUGACAAAGGUAGAACACUUGCUGCCGUCGCAUAUAAGAAUGGAGCGGGUGAUUCCAAAAAAUGCCUUAUUAAAUACGGAAAGAGCAACGCGGGGAUUUAG